AUGGCUGACCUAUACCCCUCUCUGGCGCAAUGCGCCAUUGUCGCUACAGCCUUCAAGGUUCUCCUUUUCCCCGCCUACAAAUCGACUGACUUCGAGGUGCACCGGAACUGGCUCGCGACCACGCAUUCAUUACCUGUCAAGGAGUGGUACUACGAGAAAACAUCAGAAUGGACACUCGACUAUCCCCCUUUUUUCGCGGCAUUCGAGUGGCUAUUGUCUCAGGCGGCGCAGUAUGCAGAUCCUGCAAUGUUGAUUGUCAAGAAUCUCAAUUAUGAUUCCUGGCAGACAAUUUACUUUCAGCGAGCAACUGUUAUCCUUAGUGAACUUGUUCUCGUCUUCGCAUUGAAUCGCUUCAUCAAGUCUGCACCUCCGUCUAAUAAGCAACUUGCGCAUAUCGCCAGCCUCUCAAUUCUAUUGUCGCCCGGCUUGCUGAUCAUCGAUCACAUCCAUUUCCAGUAUAACGGCUUCAUGUACGGGGUUCUGAUCCUGUCCAUCGUACUUGCACGAAAACAGUCGACGCUCCUGUACAGCGGCAUCACUUUUGCCAUUUUGCUCUGCAUGAAACACAUUCAUCUCUAUCUGUCGUUGGCCUACUUUGUCUACCUGCUGAGAAAUUACUGCCUUGACCCUAAGUCGGUCUUUCGACCCAAAUUUGGAAAUAUUUUCAAGCUUGGUCUGGGUGUCAUCAGUGUGUUUGCCGUAGCAUUUGGUCCAUUUGUCUAUUGGAAUCAGCUGCUCCAAUUGAAAGAUCGGCUCUUCCCGUUCUCGAGAGGUCUUUGCCAUGCCUACUGGGCGCCCAACAUUUGGGCAAUGUAUUCCUUUGCAGACCGUGCCCUCAUUUUACUUGCCCCCCGUCUAGGUCUUUCUAUUAACCAGGAGGCCCUAACGAGUGUUACACGGGGUCUUGUCGGAGACACCUCGUUUGCUGUCCUUCCAGAAGUAACCAAGGAACACACUUUUGCGCUUACCUUUCUGUUUCAGCUGCUUCCGUUGAUCAAGCUGUGGCGUAGCCCCGGCGACUGGGACGUAUUUGUUGGUGCCAUUACGCUUUGCGGAUAUGCUUCCUUCUUAUUCGGCUGGCAUGUUCAUGAAAAAGCGGUCCUCCUGAUCAUCAUACCUUUCAGUCUCAUAGCCCUUAGAGACAGGCGGUACUUCAGCGCAUUUAGAUCUCUUGCGAUAGCUGGACAUGUCUCCCUAUUCCCUUUGCUAUUUACUGCGGCCGAGUUUCCUAUCAAGACCGUAUACACCGUCUUUUGGUUGGUCUUGUUCCUGUUUAUAUUUGAGCAGGUAGCACCUGUGCCCGAACGACCACGGAUUUUCCCGAUUGUUGACCGCUUCUCCUUGCUAUACCUCGCAGUGGCCAUUCCGUUGAUUAUCUACUGCUCACUUCUACACCAGCUGAUUUUUGGUCUGGAACGGUACGAGUUCUUGCCGUUGAUGUUCAUGAGCAGCUAUUCCGCCUUGGGCGUAGUAGGCAGUUGGAUAGGAUUCAUGGUUGUGUACUUUACCGCAUAA